AAAGAAAGAGAAAAAAAAAAAGUCUUUUUUUUUAAUUGAAUGUAUUUCAAUGUUAUAUAACAACAAUGGUAGACAAAAAAGAUUCUUCUACUCGAUCAAACGACCGACCUUGUUCCUAUGAUUCCAACACGACCGAUGAAGGUUACCACACUGACGACAAAGAUGCCUUUGAUGCUGAGAUUCCCAUUUUAAAAAGCCAUCGCACCAUUCAGAUCUCUUAUUCCCCGUUAACUUAUACCCUUACCAUAUCCAUCAUCAUGUUAUCGAUUCAUACCCUAUUACGUCAGCCGUUUCCAUGGGCUCAUACAUUUCCACCCAUCUUCAUCCUCUUUCAUCUAUUAUUUCACGUGGCACAUUUAUCAGCGCAUAUUUUCAACUUGUUAAGGUUAGAACGCCAUUGUAUUGUCUAUGGUACAUGGUUGUACUGGACAGGUUGGCUCUUGGGCACAUUUUUAUUCUCGGAAAGACUGGUUUCCAACAGCACUGAAUCAACCGUUCUCUUAUUCUGGUUAUUGAUGCUCGAAAGAAGAAAUGCUUGGGGUAUUAUUGUCUGGGAAUUCGUCAGUCGAUUAACUGCUACCACCACCACUGACACCACCACCACAGGCCAAAAAAAGCGUCUGUGGGAAUCAGGCAGUAUCAAAUUACUAGUCUUUCGUAUCUGGUGCCUGCUGGGUACAGGUAGCUUUUGGGGCCUCUUAUAUACGCUCUUGGCUAAACUGGAUGGAUUUGCAUUUAAAUACCUGUUACAAGUGCAUCAUAUCAUGAAACUGUUGCUGGUCAGCACUGUGGGAGGUCUCACCAUGAUUAUCUUUUGGUCCUUUUGGACUUUUCAAUACAAGGGCGUCUUGUGGCAAAAGGAGCUUCGACAAGGUGUCAUUGUUUGGUACAGUGAAGGUAUAGCUCACGCUGCUCAGGUCUUGUAAUAAUUAUAAUAAUAAUAAAAUAAUCCCC